GGCUGGACGAUCUUUGACAACCUCUACGUCCUUAACGGGACCGUGUAUGUCGUGACAGACGAACCAGAGACCGUUCCCUCUCGCGAAACAAUGACGUCGACGGGUAUUAAAGUCGAGAAUGGUGUGGAGGCUGUCAGGGCAAGAUUGCCUACCGACCGCGAAAUGCGUAUUAUCUCCACCGAGGAAGCAGGCAAACUGUUUGGCCCUACUAUCGAGGUCAUAGACGGUACCACCUGGCUCGUUAACGACCCACCACAAUUUAUCACGCACUACUACCACUGGUCUGCUGAGCUCUUCUUCGGAUUUUGGCGCACUUAUUCCUCCCUUGAUCCCACUAUCCCUACGACAGGACGCACUCCACUCCCUUCGCUACGACGUGUCUGGUUCGCACAUACCGAUUCCGAUCACUGGCGUGACUAUGCCCACAUGAAUGAAUGGGUCCUCCGCAGCACUUUUCCCUCUCUCACUUCUGAGUACUUGAAUGAUUGGAACGAGCGUGCCGAACUAGGCCGUCCCUUUAUCCUCGACCGUGUCAUUUUCUCGGACCGCGCAGCAGCGAUGCACGGGGAAGGCUUCCUGGGUACGGGUCGUUUUGCUGCAGAGGCGUUUGAGUUGCCAGGCAGCCAGCACUGGUGGAGCACAAUUCGGAAUAACGUCAUCAAAUUUGCAGGCCUGGACGAGGACAUCCACGCUGGAAUAACUGAUAGUCCUGUGAUUACAUAUAUAUCCAGGCAGGAGUGGGGCAGGCGGAUGUUGAGAAAAGAGGAUCAUGAGCGGCUGGUAAAGGAAUUGUAUGCCCUCAGGGAUGAGCACGGGUAUGAGGUAAACAUCGUGAGCAUGGAUAAACUCUCGCGAGUGGAACAGAUAAGACUCGCAGCCCGUACAACGAUCAUGAUGGGCGUACAUGGGAACGGACUGACGUCGCUCGUAUGGAUGAAACCGUCGGCACGUACGACGGUGAUCGAGUUUUUCUACCCAGGUGGCUUCGCACACGACUACGAGUACACGGCACGCUCGCUGGGGAUGACGUACAACGGCUUUUGGGACAACAAGACCUUUACAAGUACGGAACUACCACGCGUAGCGUAUCCACAAGGUUUCCAAGGGAACAGUAUCCCAGUUGACGGUUCGGCCGUUGCGAAGCUUUGUCGAGAGAGGCUCAAUAUCAAGAGUGAGUAG